AUGUCCGACUACACGUACGCCGCGCUCUACCUCUACUCCAGCAAGGUGGCCGCGCCUGUGCCCCUCGACAACAGAGCCUCGAGGACCGCGCGGCGAGACAAACACGCCCGGCGCCCCCAAUCGACGUCGGACGCUGCCACGCUGCCCAGCUCCAGCUCGCAGCGGCACUCGCGCAGCUCCAGCAGCCACUCCAGCUCGCAGCUGUCCAAGACCAGCUCCAGCUCCAGCGCCCACGGCCCCGCCGCCAGCGCCUCCGUGGGGCUCGACAGCGCCAGCCCGCGCCUCAGUCCAGCGACCUCAGCGGCCAGCGCCAGCGCCAACACCGCUGCUGCCACCGCUGCAGCCACCAACACCAGCACUGCAAGCGCUGCUACCACCUCGAGGCCCAGCGUCGGCAAAAUCAGCACCAGCGUUGGCGCCAACAUCUCUUCAUCACCACCAGCAUCAUCAGCAGCAGCAGCAGCUUCAGCUUCUUCCUCCUCCUUCUCCUCCUCCUCCCACGUCCCUCCCCCCUCCUCUCCCGCCGUCGCGCAGACCCCGACACA